AUGGCCGGAGUGAAUGGAGACCGUAAAGGGAAAAAAGAUGACAAUGGCAUUGGCACAGCCAUCGACUUCAUGCUUUCCAACUCUAAGCUUGUUUUGGGAGUUGGUGGAGCAGCCAUGCUUGGCAUUGCAACGCUUGCCAUCAAAAGAAUGUACAAUCGUGCAAUAAGUGCUCCAACCAGCCCCACCAAGUCAGAGCAGAAAGGGAAACAAAGCUGGGAGGAACCUGCCUGGGUGGGUUCAUCACCUCGGGUCCUAAACCACAACAUGAAGGCCACUAUUAGCAGGUCUCUUCAAUCCCUUCCCACUGCCUCAAAUUCCUUCGAACCAGACUAUCUGCGGAGGGCUGUGGGUCGAGCUGCUGUGAAAGGAAGCGGCGCAACUCAGUCCGACCUGCUCCGCGCUCGGAUGCGCCUCUCCCUGCAGGAGCGUCUGUGGGAUUUCUACCAGAAUGACGUGGACAUUCCCGCUGAGGAGCAGGCUGCGGCCAGGAGAGCUGCGUUGGACAUCUGUGCUGAAUUGCGAGUGUUUCUCCAUGCCAAACUUCCGGACAUGCCGCUCCGAGAGAUGUACCUAAGCGGUAGCCUCUACGAUGACUUGCAGGUGGUGACGGCAGACCACGCCCAACUCAUGGUGCCCCUAAUUCUGGAGAAGAACCUGUGGUCGUCCAUUCCAGGCGAGGAAACAAUCAUGAAUGUUCCAGGUUUCUGGCUUGUUCGCAGAGAGAAUUUAGAAUAUUUCCCACGGAACAGCAGCUACUGGGACCGAUGCAUGGUGGGAGGUUACCUCUCUCCUAAAUCGGUCCUGGAGGUGUUUGAUAAGCUUGUGGGUACCAUCAACUGGCCUGCUAUUGGCAGCGUCCUGGACUAUGUUAUUCGUCCCGUGGUCCCCUCAGAAACACUGACCCUGGAGGUACAAUACGAGACGGACCGAAAGCUAUACGUGGACUUACUGCCAUUACUUGUAAUGGAGGACGGGACUUCUCUUAUAGCCAAACCGCAUCGGCUUGCGGCUGAGCGCCAUGAAAACUUGUGGAGGGAGAGCUUCCGAGUGGCUGAGACUGCGCGGCUAAGAGCUUUGGAUCAAGAAGAUGGCGGCUACCGAUGUGCUUGCCUCAAAGUGGCUAAGGCUGUGUGCAAGCUUAACCCUGCCCUCAACCGGCUUAAUGCCAGCCAGCUCACCAAUGCAAUCUUGCUGCUAAGUGAAAAACAAGGUGACUGGACCCAUGAAGUACUGGCUGAUAACUUUCUACAGCUGCUUAAGGAACUCGUGGGUUUCCUAGAGGCGGGGCGACUGCCCUGUGCUCUGAGCCCCAAAGUUAACUUGUUCUGUGAACUGACCGAGCAGGAAGUGGACGAGCUAGGUUAUACUCUCUAUAGUGCGCUUUCAGAGCCCGAAUCACUUUUGGUGACCGCAGCGACACGUCUUCCGCAUCCAUCCUAAAAAUAAAAUAAAAUCGAUACAUAUAUGUCUGUCACUCAGUACUUCUUCAGGCAAUUAUGGCUUGCUGGCAUACUGUUGUCAGGAGAAAUGCAACAAGCUGACACCAACUUCUGAGAAAAUUGGCCAGAGGCAUUCACUUGUUUUUGAGAUCGAUUGUCUCUUGUGUGUUAAUCUGAAUAUAUUUUUAAUCUCAGAUGCCCAUGCGUAAAACCCAAAUAUGAUGGUGUUUCGCACUGUUGCCACUGUAUUAAUGAAGUUGGUGUAUGUUUCACACAUCGUCUUGAAAAGUUAAAUCUUUUAUUGUAAAACACAAUAUGUUACUCUGCAUCAGACUAUUGUGCUUUUAAACUGAUUGGACAGUUUUAGGCUAUCAGACAGGUCUCAUGAAUUUUAUGAUAGAUUAUGGAUCUGUGACGCUGUGUCAAAAUAAAAUGGAAUGUUAAUUGCCUGUAUGUCAACACAAAAAGCUAAUAAAUCGCUGAUAAACUAA